AUGCUCGCGAAGACAUCCGCGGACGCAUGGGACAAGCUCCUGUCGAGAUACGAAGGGAAGGGCAAGCAGACGAUAGCGACGCUCAUAGGGGAGCUCUUCCGCGGUACGCUCUCCGAUGACGACUCGCUCGAGACCCAGCUCGACGCCAUGCAGCUCAAAGCCCGACUGCUCGAACAACUCGGACAGUCCCUCGACGACUCACUCGUAGCUAUUGCUAUGGUCACGUCGCUUCCGGCCUCCUACAGCACACUCCGC